AUGUCUCAUCCCGUGUUUCGCGCUAACAUUUCGAGUCGUAACGUACCGUCUGCCGAUUUGCUCGUCGUCGCCGUUGCCGUCGAAGACACCGCCGCCACCACCACCAACGCUGCGACAAUGGACAACAGUGCGACCCAGGAGUUUGAGUUCCUCGAUUUCACAGACAUCAAUGACAUGGAACGUGGCCGAUUGCUGCACAUGUUGUAUUCUGCACGGAACGAGUCAUGGGUGUCUGGAGAAGAUGGAUUCAAACAUCCUGAUUUUCCAUGGACUUUUUGCGGUACUCAACCUCAGGCCACUCCACCAGGUUUAAUGAAUGAAGUUGGCAACAUCACACAUAUUUCUGAUUGGAAUACAGCAGCAGAUGAAUAUGAUUGUGGCUAUCCAACAGUUAAUGGUGAUGUAAAACCUGAGAACCCUGUGAUGAUAAAUGGUGAAAAUGUUGUUCCUGGUUCUCCACCACCAGUUUAUCAAAUGGUGCCAAAUCCUCCAGUGUAUAUGGGUAACGUACCUCCACCAGUGCAUGGAUAUGUCCCAUCUCAAAUGUCACCAUAUCAACAACCAAUGUAUCCUGGACCAGAACCCCCUAUGGACCCGAAUCUUAGGCGCCCAAACAUUUUCAGGAACCCAAAAGGGAUUCCUCCUCCGCCAAAUGUGAAACGGAAUAAUGAUAUAGCUUUUCGACAUCCAGACAAUAUGGAAAUGGUCAAUUAUCAAUCACCACCAACAUAUAUUGCCGUUCCUCCACCACAUUAUUAUUAUUCACCUCAAAAUAGUCCAUUAUACUUGCCUCCUCAUCAUGGACAUCCAACAUAUCCCAUGUACACUCAUCCACAUCCUACUUUAAACAAUCCAUACCAACAACCUGGACCUAUGUACCAUUCACCACCAGCUGGUCAAGUACCUCAACAACCUCUUUUAGUUGAAUCAUGCAAACCUAAUGUUAAUCCAAUUCCACCGGUGCAUAAUAUUUAUCCUCAAUUACCAGAAAAAGAUAAUGAGACUCCAGUGGAACCAGAAAUAAUGUCAAUACCACAGGAUAAAGAAGUAGAGCUACAAGUACAACCAGAAUGUGUGGAAGUUAUUGAAAUUAUACCAGACGUAACAAGAGAUGAGCGAUUAGUUAUUGCGAGUGAAGUGCCAAUUGUUGUAGAAACAAUUCCAUUAGUUGGGUCUUGUGAAAAAAUCAAAGAACCAUUACCUAAUAAAACCAAAAAAAAGAAAGAACCUGCCCCUAAUAUCCCUUCAGAUGUGGUACAAGAAAUCCAGAAGACUGAGAAGGAAGAAACUAAAACCGAAGAUAUAACUCCUGUUGUAGAAUUCAAAGAAGAAACCCCUUUAAAUCAAGAACAGGCUUCUUCAUCUUCUAUUCCUCAAGUAGUUAUACCUGAAGUUAAAGACACUGAACCUGUUAAACCCGUUUUUAAAACAUGGGCAGGACUAUUUACUGGAUGUGCUAGUACAAGUAAUGAUAAAGUUUUCACAAUACACGGUAGUAGUCAACCAACCACCAACAAAAAUACAAAAUCUAUAAUUAUACCAUCAAGAACUUUACCUGAUAAUACCGUUCGGACGUCAGUAUUUGUAACCAACAACAACCAAAAACAAACAUUACCAGUGAAACCUAGACCAUCAAGCAGCAACUCUAUAUCUAGUAUUGAUGAUAAUACAUUAAAUUUACAAAGAUUAGGUGAAUUUCUUUCAGUUUAUAAUUUGAACCAUAAAACUGCUUAUCUACAGCCUCGAGGUUUGACCAAUCGAAACACUCGUUGUUAUAUAAAUGCCACAUUGCAGGCUUUGUUAACAUGUGCUCCUUUUUUCAACCUCAUGAGAAGUGUACAAUUUAAACUCAAAAAUAGAAACAAUCGAGGAUCCCAAAAAUCUCAAACCCCAAUUCUAGAAAGCAUGGUUCAAUUCAUUGGAGAAUUUCAAAAAUUAAGCAUAAAAAACGGGAGAACUACUCAACAGCAACGUCAAGCUACGUCUGUGGCUACUCAAGAAACGCCUGAUACUGGUCCAGCAUUUGAACCAAGUUAUGUUUAUAAAAUACUACCAGCUUUUGAAGAAGGCCGCCAAGAAGAUGCUGAAGAGUUUAUGAGUUAUCUUCUUAAUGGAAUUAACGAUGAAAUUAUUGAACUAAUUAAAAUGAGCAAGUCUAACAUAAGCAAUGGUGAAACACAAGCUAAAGUAGAUGGUAUCGAUAAUAACAAUGAAUGGAAGGAAGUUAACGGUAAACGUAAAAGGGUGACCAGAAGAACAGUUAUGGAAAAAACGCCAUUAUCUGAGAUAUUCCGUGGGCAGCUACGUAUUCGCACAGUGAAAACUGGUGAAAAUGAACCGACUGAAAAUAUUGAACCUUUCUUCACACUUAAGCUAGACAUUGAGAAAGCAAAAUCUGUUCGGGAAGCUUUGGACAUGCUAGUCAAUAAAGUCACAAUCAAAGGAUUAACUUGUCCGAAAACCAACCGUGAGCUAGCUGCGUACCAACAAGUUACUAUUGAUGAGCUACCUUAUGUCUUACUGUUACAUCUUAAAUGUUUUGAAUACAAGCAACAAAAACUGACUAAAAUUGUAAAAAACGUUGAGUUCUCGGUUGAUCUUAAAAUUGAACCUAGGCUCUUAUCAAAAAAUUACAAGAUUAGCUCGAAGACUAGACAGUAUAAACUCUUUGCAGUUGUUUAUCAUGAUGGUAAAGAGGCAAACAAAGGUCAUUACUUUGCUGAUGUAUUCUAUGUGGCGCUCGGUAGAUGGAUACGGUUUGAUGACGCGAAUGUACGUUUUGUCACCGACAAAGAAGUAUGUCAGCCAAAACCCCCAUGUAUGCCGUAUUUGCUAUACUACAGAAGAAAUGACACAAUUGCUGCACUCUCUGCGUUUGAUAAUAAAGGCAGAUAG